CUCCCACAAUCAUCGCGUACACAUGGAAAGCCCAUCUCCGAGCAAAAGAAUCAUCAAGUACACGUACCUUGACAGGCAAAAGGUAUAUAUCGACUUUCCUCAACUUUCGAGUCUAACGGCAGUUCAGAAGAGGCGAGGUGGGCAAGAACACUCCGAACUUUUCUCUGGAUCCGACAACGAGAUGCCUCUGGAAACGCAAUCGAACGGUGGUUCCCGCGUAAAUAAAGGGAAGAGCUUGAUGAAGCCACCAAGCAGCGUUGGGACCAAGAAAUCAGAAUUCAAAGUACCUUCCCCGAAGCAGGGUCGCAAUGAUACUUUCAAGCCCCCCAGUUCGUCUCACACUCGGAAAUCUUCUAUUGGAUCUUUAAGCCGUGUUGCGAACGAUGAAGCCUCGCCAUCGACAAACAGGAAGCCUCCUUCGUCUGUUGGACGAUCUGCGAAGCCGCGUUCUUCUAUCAAACCUCCCACUGAACGGGAAGAAUACGAAUCUGAUGAGGAUGACAAUGCCUCUGUCGCAGAAUCCUUCAUUAGCCUGAGCCGAGUUCGCAGAAACGAGGCAGAACGGACUGAGUAUUUCAAGAAUCAACCAGAAUGCCAGUUCAUCGAGGAUGACUCAUACCAUGUCAAGUGCUCACGGUGCGGGAAGGUAGUGAGCUUGGGGACUAAGAGACCGUUCACCGUCCGUCCUUGGGAGAAGCACCGAGAGAAGUGUGAUCAGCAGGUGCCGUCAUCGAUGUUGAACGAGCUGACGGACACUGACCAACCUGCUUCGCCCGCCAUAAAGCCAACGCAAAAACCUAAAUCUGAGGAAGAGAGGAAAAUGUUACUCGAAUCAGAUCUACGCGCUCAGACUGUCAGGGAGAAUGAAACGUUAUGCAAGCGAUGUCAGAAGUGGAUUCGAUGCGGUAGCCAGAAGUAUUCUCUGUUUGUCUGGAACAAGCAUCAGAUAACCUGUUCUGAAACCUCGCCCAGCACUCGCGUGGCAGCAGUCGGGGACAGAAUUCGCCUUGUUAAUGACCCCCAGGUCAAAGAUUGUGGUCCUCGACACGCCGACUGUAAGUUUUGUGAAGCUACGAUACAGCUAGCGGGGGACUACGAUCCAACCAACUGGAUAGCGCACCAAAGAACGUGUACCGCCCCGUUACCGCCUCCUUCUGCUACGUCUGAAUCCACCGUGGUAGCACCGUCUGAUGGCAAUGAAAUGCGAGGAGUUAAGCGCCCAUUGGAAGAGACUGCGGACGAUGACACCCCGCGAUUAAACCGGCCUCGGAAGGGGAACUAUAGGCCUGAGGAUCAAGAAGCUCCAAGCUCACUGGGAUGGUUCCUCAUGCCUUUCAAGGCGUUUGCUCGCGGAUUCAAGGAGAGCAUAGACAAUAUGAAGGCAUCCGGGUCUUAAUGAGUACAGUCGCGCUUCAGUUAUCUCCACUUGUAGUUAUUUCCUGUAAGUUAUUGGUAUGAUAUAUUAUUUGAUGAGAAGAAGG